AGUAGGCCAAAGGCCACAGAGUUAAACCGUGUUCUGUCUGAAUUAAAAAUGCCAAGAAGGAUUGUAUAAUUUUUUAAAUUAAAUUAAAUUCCGGCUUGUGUCGGUCGAUCCUUUUCUUUCUGUAUGUAGAGAAGUUCGAUUGUUUCGAAAGAAAGUUAGGUCAGAAAAAGAAGCUUUUUUUAACUCAAACUUCUGCCGUCGGUUAAUUUUGUACACAUUCACAAUUACCAAUUAAAAUCUUGAAAGUUGACAAUUAAAAUAAUUUGUAUUAAAUGGAGGAUGGCCGCGGCGGCCGGUGGAAGUUAUCCGGUGACGUGCACGGCAGGGGGUGAAGGGAUCCAGGAUCCCCGGUCCUGAAGGAGUGCGUCGGUGCGCGCUCAACCGAUCAAUAUCGAAAAUUUGAAUUUUGCGAGGAGCGCGCCAGUAAGCUACAGACCUUCGUAGAGUGGCUAUGGCUGUACGUCUACCCUUGCAAACAUGAAGAAUACGAUCUUUUCACUAUUUUUUCUACGUAUUCUGUCAUCAGCAAUAUGCUCCGAGGACGAAGAACGUUUGGUAAGGGACCUGUUCAGAGGUUACAACAAACUUAUACGUCCUGUUCAAAACAUGACCCAGAAAGUAGAUGUCCGUUUUGGCCUAGCAUUUGUACAGCUUAUAAACGUCAACGAAAAGAAUCAGAUUAUGAAAUCCAAUGUUUGGCUAAGGCUGGUCUGGACCGAUUACCAGCUGCAAUGGGACGAAGCUGACUAUGGUGGAAUCGGCGUGUUAAGACUCCCGCCUGACAAAGUGUGGAAACCAGAUAUUGUUUUAUUUAACAAUGCAGAUGGAAAUUAUGAGGUUAGAUACAAAUCUAAUGUGUUGAUAUACCCUACCGGUGAAGUGUUAUGGGUUCCUCCAGCUAUAUACCAAAGUUCAUGCACCAUCGAUGUCACUUAUUUUCCAUUUGAUCAACAGACUUGUAUUAUGAAGUUUGGGUCGUGGACAUUUAACGGUGAUCAAGUGUCCUUAGCAUUGUACAAUAAUAAAAAUUUUGUUGAUCUCUCGGACUAUUGGAAAUCAGGAACUUGGGACAUCAUUGAAGUCCCAGCAUAUCUAAAUGUCUAUGCUAGUAGUCAACCGACAGAAACGGACAUUACAUUUUACAUUGUAAUUAGAAGAAAAACAUUGUUUUACACUGUGAAUUUGAUUCUACCGACUGUACUCAUUUCAUUUCUUUGCGUGCUUGUAUUUUAUUUGCCAGCCGAAGCGGGAGAAAAAGUAACAUUAGGCAUUAGUAUUUUACUGUCAUUGGUUGUGUUCCUCUUGUUGGUAUCAAAAAUACUACCUCCGACAUCACUUGUAUUGCCUUUAAUAGCUAAAUACCUGUUGUUUACAUUUAUUAUGAAUACAGUGAGUAUUCUUGUUACUGUUAUCAUUAUAAACUGGAAUUUUAGAGGUCCAAGAACUCAUAGAAUGCCUCCAUGGAUUAGAUUAACUUUUUUAUAUUAUUUGCCAAUGGUAUUGUGUAUGAAACGUCCAAAGAAAACGAGGUUAAGGUGGAUGAUGGAAAUGCCAGGUAUGACCGCUCCUCCACAUCCUUCCUACGGAUCUCCAGCAGAACUGCCUAAGCACAUCGCACCUCCUGCACCAGGAAAAAGUAAAAUGGAAGCAAUGGAAUUAUCAGACCUUCAUCAUCCGAAUUGCAAAAUAAAUCGUAAAUCGAGCACAGAAAGGCGAGAGAGCGAAAGUUCAGAUUCGCUGUUGCUCUCGCCAGAAGCGUCCAAAGCUACCGAAGCCGUGGAAUUCAUUGCUGAGCACCUUCGCAAUGAAGAUCAAUACAUCCAGAUAAGAGAAGAUUGGAAAUAUGUCGCGAUGGUAAUCGAUAGAUUGCAACUACUCAUAUUCUUCAUUGUAACAACCGCUGGAACUGUCGGAAUUCUCAUGGAUGCCCCACAUAUAUUCGAAUACGUCGAUCAAGACAAGAUUAUUGAAAUAUACCGAGGAAAGUAAAUCAAUAUAAAUACUAUAAACUAUCCUAUUAUUAAUACCAAAAAGAAACAUGGCACCUGUGUAGAAAUAGGGUUAAAUUUAAUCGACUGAUAUGCUUCCAAAAGAACAAUCAUCAGUAUUGUAUUAAGUAUUAUAAAAGUUAGUGUUGAAAUUAUUUAUUUAUUUUGUAAUUUAUCCAUGGAUCCUCAUGUUGAUAUAUUUAAAUAAAUUCAACUAAAGAAAAUUCGAGAGAAUUAAAAAGGUAAUAUAUCAAUGUUAUAAUUUUUUAACAGUUGUUAUUUUAAAAUUUUACUCGAGAAUAAGUAAUCAGAGUAAAAACUUUUUGUAGUCUAAUUAUUAAUAUAUAAUAUAAUGUUUUAUAUUAAACUAGUCUUUAAAGUUGGAUACUUCAUAGCUAGGCUCAUCGAAACGUAAUCUUAGGCUAAUUUUCCGAGAGGGCGAUCAUGCUCUUUCAGAAAACUACUGCAAAAUUAACUGCCAACCAUCGUUUUAAAAUUUAACACAUUGUCCAUUGAAUUUUUAAAUAAAAUAAAACAGGUUAAAAAAAAUUAAUUAUG